AUGGCUUCCAGAUCCCCGACAGCAGCCACGCCGCUGCCCAAAUCCUCGGCCGUGCCCGAGAGUCCGUUGAAAGACGCGCCCGAGUCACCGGAAACAGUCCCCUUCCCUCCACCCCAGACCUUUGAGAUCAUCCCACCAUUGCACGGUAUUCUUCUUCGCUUGCUCUCCCCCAAACCUACGUCGAGUGGACAGAACGGCGCACCUGGAAAUACUACAGUAGCUCCAGAGCACUCGGUGGACGCGCAGGCACAACACCAGCAGGCGUCUUCAAGCAUCCCCGGAGGCAAUACCACCAACACUCAAGCUGCACAAGCUAUACCGGAGGUCCCAGCCCACGAUUCAAAUGGCCUGCCACCGCUCGACGUCAAAGAUCUCCCCACCGCGACCAGCUCAGUCAAGAUUCGGAUACAGAAAGCGCGUGCUGUGGUGGAGGGGCUCCCAGAUACACACCGGUCCAUUGAGGAGCAGCAGAAAGAAAUUUCGGAGCUUGAGGACCGUGUGGCUCGCUUGCGCUCCGUUCUUUCAGACUUUGGAAGCCGUGCAAGGAAGCCUCAGGAGGGCCGCGUUGAGGUGACAGCUCCCUGA